AUGAGUUUGAAAUAUGGUUCAGAAUCAAGUAUUAGUGAUAAAAAUUAUGCAAGUAAGAACUCUGAUGAAAUUAAUGUAUGCAAGAAGUUGCCUUUUGAUAAUCAAGAAAAGACUCACAUUGGAAAGAAAUGUGAUGAAUAUAACCAAGGUGGGAAAUCCUCAAAUCUUAAUGAGCACUUUAUUGAGCAACAGGAAAUCAAAACUUUGGGACCACCUUUGGAAGAUAAUGAAUGUGGAAACACCUUCCCUGAGAAGGCAGCCAUCAUAACACAUAAGAUGUCUGAAAUAGGAGAGAUACCCUGUGAUUCUAAAGAACAUGGGGGAAAUGUCAGUGCCAAGUCAACCGCCAGAGUUCAUCAGGAUCCUCACACAAGGAAAAAUCACUCUGAAGUUAAUGAGUGUGAGAAGUUAGUCCUCUUUAAACAUCAGAAAGUUAAUACAGGGCAGAAAACCCAUGAAUCUAAUGAAAAUGAGAAUUUCAGCAAGAAGUCACAUCUCAUACAACCUCAUAGAACUCACACAGGAAAGAGAACCUUUGAAUGUAGUCAUUGCAAGAAAUCUUUUUGCCAGGAGUCCCAUCUCACUCAACAUCAGAUGACACACAUAAGAGAGAAACCAUGUGAAAGUAAUAAAUGUGGGAAAACCUUCCAGAAAUCACAACUCACUGACUCUCAGAGAACUCACCCAAAAGAGAAACCCAAUGAAUGGGGUAAAACCCCUGUGAAGUCAUCCCUCACUGAUCACCAGAGAACACAGUCAGAAAAGAAGCUUUAUGUAUGUAAUGAAUGUAAGAAACCUUUUCGUCAUAGCUCAGCCCUACGAGUCCAUCAGAGAAUUCACACAGGAGAGAAGCCCUAUCAGUGUAAAGAAUGUGGGAAAUCUUUCUAUGCAAAAUCAAACUUCAAUCAUCAUCAAAGAACUCACACAGGGGAGAAACCAUAUGAAUGUAAGGAAUGUGGGAAAUCUUUCUGUGUGAAAUCUAACCUAACUAAACACCAAAAAACACAUACUGGGGAGAAACCUUUCAAAUGUAAUGAAUGUGGGAAGACUUUCUUCCAAAAGUCACAAUUUGCUGACCAUCAGAGAACACACACAGGGGAGAAACCUUAUAGAUGCAAUGAAUGUGGAAAAUCUUUCUACUAUAAGUCAGCCCUAAAUGUACAUCAAGGGAAGCAUACAGAAGAGAAACCCUAUAAAUGUACUGAGUGUGGGAAAUCCUUCUGUUACAAGUCAGCUCUAAUUAUACAUCAGGUAACUCACACAGGUAAGAAACCCUAUGAUUGUAAUGAAUGUGGGAAAGCCUUUUGUGUGAAGUCAAAUCUCACUAAACAUCAGAAAAUUCACACAGGGGAGAAACCCUAUGACUGUAAUGAGUGUGGCAAAUCCUUUUCUAUGAAUUCGAUCCUCAUUGUACAUCAGAGAACUCACACAGGGGAGAAACCCUAUGGAUGCAAUGAAUGUGAGAAGUCCUUCUACAAAAAGUCAGCCCUCACUAAACAUCAGAGAACUCAUACAGGGGAGAAACCCUAUAAAUGUAAUGAAUGUGGGAAAUCCUUUUAUAUGAAGUCAGCACUCAGUCAACAUCAGAGAAUCCAUACAGGGGAGAAACCCUAUGAAUGUAAAGAAUGUGGGAAAACCUUCUUCCAGAAGUCACACCUUACUAAACAUCAGCGAACACAUACAGGGGAGAAACCCUAUGAGUGUAAUGAAUGUGGGAAAACUUUCUUUCAGAAGUCACAUCUCAUUGAACAUCAGAGAACACACACUGGUGAGAAACCCCAUGAGUGUAAUAAAUGUGGCAAAUCCUUUUGCUAUAAGUCAGCCUUAACCAUUCACCAGAGAACUCACACAGAAGAGAAGCCUUAUAAAUGUAACGAAUGUGACAAAUCUUUCUGCAUGAAAUCACACCUCACUGUGCAUCAGAGAACUCACACAGGGAAGAACCCUUUCGAAUGUAACGAAUGUGGGAAAACUUUUUAUGUGAAGUCAAACCUCAUCAAUCAUCAGAGAACUCACACAGGGGAGAAGCCCUAUGAAUGUAAUAGAUGUGGGAAAUCCUUCUGUAUGAAGUCAACCCUCACAGUGCAUCAGCGAACACACACAGGGGAGAAACCCUAUGAAUGUAACAAAUGUGGGAAAACCUUCUGCAAGAAGUCAACUCUUACUAGUCAUCAGAUAAUUCAUGCAAGAGUGAUACUCUAA